AUGAAAUGGACAAUUCAAUUGGCAUAUUACAUUGAAACAAUCGGCUUUGUGACUUCAACUUUUUUAAACUCGAUUCUCUUAUUCCUAAUCAGUAAAAUGUCAAAACAAACGUUCGGAAACUAUAACUAUCUUAUGUUUUCAUUUUCAUCAUUUUCAAUAGUAUAUUCAUUUGUAAACUUUUGGAGCAAACCGAAUGUUCUUAUUACCGACAAAUCUUUUGCGAUUUUUGUUGAUUUGAAGGAGACUGGAUUCACCAAACAAUUCGGAGCAAUUGCGAUUGGACUGUAUUGUUCUUGCUACAACAUCAUGCUCCAGUUGAUCACAAUUCAUUUUUACUAUCGAUACCUUUCCGUGACAAGCCCAACUGAUCUUUCGAGGUUCUCGGUCAAAUCUACUCCAAUUUGGAUACUUUUCAUAAUUUCCAUUUCUUUCCUCUGGUUCAGCAUGUGCUAUUUUGUGAAUGGGCCCUCUCCAAUGAAAGAUGAGAAUUUUUUGCCGGAAUUUCAGAAAAAUUACUGUAUGGAACCGGAAGAAUACAACUACCUGGGACCUCAAUAUUACUAUCAGGACGUAACAGGGCAAACACGAUUUCAUAUUCCUUCAUUGUUGGCGUCGGGUACGAUGGGAGCUCUCAUGUGCUGCUCCAUCAGUGCAAUCACAUACUUUGGAUUUCAUACCUACAAACAUCUUGCAAAUCUUGGAACUAUUGGUAGUUCUGAGACUGGAGAUCUUCAGAAACAACUCUUUAGAACGCUGGUCAUUCAAACUUUAAUUCCGAGCGUCUUUAUGUAUAUUCCAGUGUCAUGUAUGUUUUUAUUUCCCUUAUUUGGCUUGAAAGCCGAAGGAAUUGAUACCUUGGUUCCAAUUUCUGUGGCCAUUUAUCCGUGCUUUGAACCACUAGUCGCAAUGUAUUGCAUUCGAAUUUUCAGAAAUCGGAUAUUUGAAGUUCUUUCCUGCAAGAAAGUCAAGAAGUUGAUGAAGAUCUCGGUGGUUCCAAUAUCAAAUCAGAAUUAA